UUGAACAGAAUCGUAAAAACACUAAAGGGCUGUAUUCAGAAAAGCGCUCUUUGCGUAAGCAGAGGCAGUUUGGUCAUUCAUCGACCACCACACGGACUGUUUAUUAAAAGAGGCACAUUCGGUGUUUAUUGACGGAAUCUGGGUAGAAUUGGAGGCGCAUCGUGCAGAAGGCUGUCUGCACGUUGUGCAUCACACUGCACAGGUAGAAACGGUGGUGCCAUCUGCCUGCUGUCAAAACACAAAGAAAGAUGGUGAGACUGGAGCUGGACCAGGUGGUGAUGAGGAGAAUGAAGGAGGAUGACAUUGAAACGAUCAAAGCCCUCGUCAAGGAAGGCUGCGAGGGCACAGAGAACCGUCUCAUCCUACACAUCCUCACACGUCCUCUCUGCCUUUUCAUCCUGGCCGUUUUCUCCUCGAUCCUGCGGUGUCUCGUCCACUCGUUUAUCCUAGCACUUGCUAUCCCUGUGUUCCUACUUAUCGUUUUUCUAAAGAUCACUAUGCCACGGUCAACGGGGGUCCUGGGCAGCAGCCGGCCCUACUGGGACUACGUGGGCAGCAGCUACAGAGGCCAACAGGAUGAGACACUACAGAAUCCUUACUGCAGGAUCAGCGGAAAAACACAAGGCACAAAAAAGCAAAGGCGAAGAAUUGGAUCUAAAGACAAAGACAAGGAGAUCUCAUCAGAGAAGAUCACCGCAGAGAGAGAGCAAGCAGCAGGUCAGGUGUGGGUCGCAGACUGCGAGGGGGAGAUAGUGGGCUGCAUCUUCCGUGAAAGCGAGACGCGGCCGGGCGUCAGGAGGAUCUGUAGGCUUGUGACGGGCUGCUGGUAUCGCAGAGAGGGCUUGGGUCGACUGUUAGUCCAGAGUCUUGAGCUGAAGGAGAGGGAGGCCGGCGUACAUAGAGUGUAUGCGCACGUCCCCUACCCAUCUAAAGUGGGGGAAGCCUUCUUUAGAAAAGUUGGCUAUCUGCAACUGGGGGAGGCAGUUGACGAGGAAGAAGACGAAGAGAUAAAGAAAGAGACUCCAGAGAGAGGUUUCAUGGGGUACCCUCUCACUAAGGUGUUCUACAAAGAUUUGUGAUGUUGGUAAAGAUUCUCAUUCAUCCAGGUCAUAGUCAUUCCAAAAAAAGUUAAAAACAAUUCCACCAGACUUUGUUUCCAAGUUUGAAGACAUUUCGCCUCGAAUCCAGGAAGCUUUUUCAAUACAAAAUGUCAGGAAUAGCACUGAGUGAGAGGAUUUAUAGAGUAACUCAACAAAGCCUUGUUUGAGCCUUGUUGAAAACAUGCAAAUUGGAAUGGACGAACGGGUCAACCCCAAUGAAAUGGAGGUUGUUUGGCUUGUUUUGUUAGCCUGUAAUGCACCAUAAUCAUCUAAGUCUCUGAAAGUGGGGUUGUUAAAGUGGGCUUGUUGGCCUGGCUGAAUAGACGAGGUCCUCCGCUCUCCUUUGCAGGUGCUGGGGCUGCGAUGAUAGCGGGAAGGGAUUAACUCACGAUGUAUGUGCAGCUCACGCUGCACUCUAAAAUCCACAUCUGUCUCAGCCCCAGAGAUAGAUGGGACUACUGGGACUUGUUUAUCCGGAUGCCAAAGCAGUAGAAGAGGAAUAUGAAGCUUACUAAGGUGAAACGCGCUGCCUGGGAAGUUUUGCAAUUUUGUGCUGAAAGCCCUAAAAAGAAGAGGC